CCGUGAAUUGAGCCGGGGGUGUGGAGCAGCCAAGAUGGAGCCGGCAGCCGGCGGCCCCGGCCCGCUGAUCAUGAACAACAAACAGCCCCAGCCGCCACCACCUCCGCCACCGGCAACCGCGCAGCCUCCACCCGGAGCCCCGCGGGCCGGCGGAGGCCUCCUGCCCGGGGGCAAAGCUCGGGAGUUCAACCGCAACCAGCGCAAAGACUCGGAGGGCUACUCCGAGUCUCCAGAUCUCGAGUUUGAAUAUGCUGACACGGACAAGUGGGCUGCAGAGCUCUCAGAGCUUUACAGCUACACGGAAGGGCCGGAAUUCCUGAUGAAUCGAAAAUGCUUUGAGGAAGACUUCCGGAUCCAUGUAACAGACAAGAAAUGGACCGAGCUGGACACCAACCAGCACCGUACGCAUGCCAUGAGGCUCCUGGAUGGCUUGGAAGUCACUGCCAGGGAAAAAAGACUCAAGGUGGCUCGAGCAAUCCUCUACGUUGCCCAAGGCACCUUUGGGGAGUGUAGCUCAGAGGCAGAGGUGCAGUCCUGGAUGCGCUACAACAUCUUUCUGCUCCUGGAGGUGGGCACGUUCAAUGCUUUGGUGGAGCUUCUGAAUAUGGAGAUAGACAACAGUGCCGCCUGCAGCAGUGCGGUGAGGAAGCCGGCCAUCUCCCUGGCUGACAGCACAGACCUGAGGGUACUGCUCAACAUCAUGUACCUGAUUGUGGAGACCGUUCACCAGGAGUGUGAGGGCGAUAAGGCCGAGUGGAGGACCAUGCGACAGACCUUCAGGGCUGAGCUGGGUUCCCCCCUGUACAACAACGAACCAUUUGCCAUCAUGCUGUUUGGGAUGGUGACCAAAUUUUGCAGCGGUCAUGCCCCUCACUUCCCCAUGAAGAAAGUUCUCUUACUUCUCUGGAAGACAGUGUUGUGCACACUGGGCGGCUUCGAGGAGCUGCAGAGCAUGAAGGCCGAGAAGCGCACUGUCCUGGGCCUUCCCCCGCUGCCUGAGGACAGCAUCAAGGUGAUCCGCAACAUGAGGGCCGCCUCCCCGCCGGCGUCUGCCUCAGACCUGAUUGAGCAGCAGCAGAAGCGGGGCCGUCGGGAGCACAAGGCACUGAUAAAACAGGACAACUUGGAUGCCUUCAACGAGCGGGAUCCUUACAAGGCUGAUGACUCUCGAGAAGAGGAAGAGGAGAAUGAUGAUGACAACAGCUUGGAGGGGGAGACAUUCCCCCUUGAACGGGAUGAAGUGAUGCCUCCCCCACUGCAGCACCCUCAGACUGACAGGCUUACCUGCCCAAAGGGGCUUCCAUGGGCUCCCAAGGUCAGAGAGAAAGACAUUGAGAUGUUCCUCGAGUCCAGCCGUAGCAAGUUUAUUGGUUACACUCUAGGCAGUGACACGAACACAGUGGUGGGGCUGCCCAGGCCAAUCCACGAAAGCAUUAAGACUCUGAAACAGCACAAGUACACGUCGAUUGCAGAGGUACAGGCACAGAUGGAGGAGGAGUACCUUCGCUCUCCUCUCUCGGGGGGAGAAGAGGAAGUGGAGCAGGUACCCGCGGAAACCCUUUACCAAGGCUUGCUUCCCAGCCUGCCCCAGUACAUGAUCGCGCUGCUGAAGAUCCUGCUGGCUGCCGCCCCCACCUCGAAAGCCAAAACAGACUCAAUCAACAUCUUAGCAGACGUCCUGCCUGAGGAGAUGCCCACCACCGUGUUGCAGAGCAUGAAGCUGGGGGUGGAUGUGAACCGCCACAAAGAGGUCAUUGUUAAGGCCAUUUCUGCUGUCCUGCUGUUGCUGCUCAAGCAUUUUAAGUUGAACCACGUCUACCAGUUUGAAUACAUGGCCCAGCACCUGGUGUUUGCCAAUUGCAUCCCUUUGAUCCUAAAGUUCUUCAAUCAAAACAUUAUGUCCUACAUCACCGCCAAGAACAGCAUCUCUGUCCUGGAUUACCCUCACUGCGUGGUACAUGAGCUGCCGGAACUGACUGCUGAGAGUCUGGAAGCAGGUGACAAUAACCAGUUUUGCUGGAGGAACCUCUUUUCUUGCAUCAAUCUGCUUCGGAUCUUGAACAAGCUGACAAAAUGGAAGCAUUCGAGGACGAUGAUGCUAGUGGUGUUCAAGUCGGCCCCCAUCUUGAAGCGGGCCUUGAAGGUGAAACAGGCCAUGAUGCAGCUCUACGUGCUGAAGCUGCUCAAGGUGCAAACCAAGUAUCUGGGACGGCAGUGGCGGAAGAGCAACAUGAAGACCAUGUCUGCCAUCUACCAGAAGGUGCGGCAUCGGCUGAAUGACGACUGGGCAUACGGCAACGAUCUUGAUGCGCGGCCCUGGGACUUCCAGGCAGAGGAAUGCGCCCUCCGUGCCAAUAUCGAACGCUUCAACGCCCGGCGGUAUGACCGAGCCCAUAGCAACCCGGACUUCCUACCUGUGGACAACUGCCUGCAGAGUGUCCUGGGCCAGCGGGUGGACCUCCCUGAGGACUUCCAGAUGAACUACGACCUCUGGUUAGAAAGGGAGGUCUUCUCCAAGCCCAUUUCCUGGGAGGAGCUGCUGCAGUGAGGCUCCUGGGCAGGGGACUGACUGCAAAGGAAAGAAGGGGUGAUCUGGAGGGGCCCCAGGGGCUGUCCCAGUUCAUUGCCGCAGUGCUCCCACCUCCCUCCAGGUGGCAGCACAGCCCCACUGUGCCCUCCCUAGGCCCCGCUGGGCUGUGCCCUCCCAGAUUUGGCCCUUCAUUCAUUCCCAGCGUCCUGCUCAGAGCAGCGAGCUCUCUGCGUGGGAUCCUAUCUUCUUCACUCAUCCCCACCCUCUUCUCUUGGACGUGGUCGGUUGCGGCUCAUUUCUCAGUCAGCCCAAGGCUGGGAAAAGCCUAGAUAGGCAUCUGAGUUGCAGGGGCCACACUGAGGCUCUUCCUGAGACACACACAUCCUUGGAGUCUCAGCCGGCCGGGGAGGAGGGCUUAGCAUUAGGCCAGGGUCAGAAAGUCGGAAUUUUGGUUUUGCUUUGGGGGGUUUCUGAUGUCACUCCAGCCUCCUGCUUUCGUCCCAAGGCAAUUGCAGAGGCUCCUACAGCUGCCUCAGUACUUUGGUUUUGGACAGGUUUGGGGGGUAGGAACGGAAGCUGUCCUUAAUCAGAGGUGCCAUUUUUCCUCUUGGCUUGCAGGGGUCUGUAAAUACCUAUAUAUAAAUCUCUGUGUAUUCUCUUGUGUCACGUUGGGGUUUUUAACGUGUUUGUGUAUUCUGUUUACAUUAAAAGGAAGCAAAAAUGA